ACAUGUCACAAAAACUUAAUACAAAAAGAAUUUCCUUCCUUAACGUUAUGGUAGCCAAAUCAUACGAUAUGGAAUUCGGAAGAUUUUUUUAAUUUGACAUGUAUUUGACAUUUGUAUCAGUGUAAUAUCAAAGUUAGUAAAAGAUCCCCUUAAUCCAGAAAAGGGAUUUGACAACAGAAAAAGUGCGUUGUAAUGCUUUGAAUAUAUUUCCUAUGUUUGUUUUUCUGGUAUAAAGUUGAGUAGAUAACAACCUCCAACAUCCAAACGACAGCAAUGAAAACGUUGCAAUGUUUUCGUUUUCUAAUACUUGUGUUUGAAUACACAGAUUCUCAGACUGCCCCAUGCGAAUCAACAGCUGUAUCAGGUAACUCUGGAGGAACACCCACCAUUGUUGUUUCACUGACCGAAGCAAGUGCAAUAGAUCUAGCAACAAAUCCAGACAAUUAUAUUGCUGACACAAAAAUCAAUGGUAUACUUGGUGGAAGCAGUAGCUCUUCUGGUAUAAUACUAGAAAUGUCACGAUCUUCUGGUACACCUUUUAAUAUAACCGUCACAACUCAGUUCUCAAUAGAGUCACGUGCCAUUUCACCACCAGAGAAUACCUUUUCAGAGAGAGCUUUUCUCCGUCUUAUUCAGCCAUUGAAUAGGGAUGGUCAGACAGCAACUACAUUUGAUGAUACAGAUGUUAUUGAAAUGCAAGUCAAAUGUACACGAGUGGGUUCGACAUCUUCUACAUUUUUCUUGAUAACAGUAGAUGUACAAGACAUCAAUGACAACAGUCCGAUUUUCUCUGGUACCCCAUAUUACGUCAGUGUGAAUGAGUUGACACCCAUAGGAACAACAAUAUUUAGAGGAAUAGCUGCGUAUGACUUGGAUGCUGAUACGAACAAAGAUAUAAAUUUUGGCAUUAUGUCUGGUGAUGGAGUAACACUACCUACUACAGGUAUUCAUGAUGCAACUGACAAAUUUGAAAUAGCAACACCAAGGCUAGGAGAUAUUACAAUUAAGUCUACGUUGGAUUUUGAAAAAGUAAAAAAAUAUGUUUUUCGAAUUUCUGCGACAGACCAAGCAACAAAUAGUUCUCUAAGACAUACAAGCACUGUCACUAUGACUAUUGACGUGUCAGAUGGAGAUGACCUUGGUCCAGUUUUUGUCUACAAUGGCUGCUUCCAAGUGGAUGGUGUGUGUUUCAAUCCAACCUAUAUGUCGGAAAUAUCACGUCUUUCAACUACAGCACAACUAAUUCUAAGAGGAGCUGAAAACCAGAGUUUAAUAAAUUCCAUAAUAGCAAGAGACCAGGACACUUUAAAUGCACGUAUACAAUUGAGCAUUGUAGAAACCUUGCCCUCAGGAUAUAAAGACAAGUUUACCCUGAUAAAUACGACAAACAGCGGAACAUCUUCCAGUGUAGCGGUAUUGCAGAUUGAACCUCUAGGUAGCAGUGAAGUUAAUAUAUUGAAAAUCAUUAUUAAGGCUACCGAGUUGACAGACAACAGACUUUUCAGUCGAGCUGUAGUUGACGUAGAAAUUUAUCCAUCAAAUAGUUCUUGCCUUGAGAAAGAUAACGUGAAUACAAUGAAAUCAUGCAGUAAUGUUGCCUCAAUCGUGGGAGCUGUUUUAGGCAUUCUGUUGGCUAUUGUUAUCACAAUCCUUGUGAUUCUCAUCAUGAAACUAAGAAACCAAGGCUGCACUAAAGAAAAACAGUCUCCCGUGCAGCAAAAUAAUGGACUUUCUCCUGGACAUACAGUUGAAAGCAGACAAUCAUCCAGUGAGUAUGAUGAAAUCGGAAUGAGAUCACCAGACAAUCAUUAUGAUGAGUUACACAAUGACCACCAGUACACGGAGCCAAGUUGAAAGAACAUAGGGAAACACUACAUUUAAAAAAAAAGUUUAUUUCAUUCACUUUAAAAAAAUAAAUAUAUAUAAACGGCAUUUUGAGUGUAAAAUUAU